UCUCAAAACAAUCACAAAUUCCCGCCUCUUGUAUUAACACAUACAUCCUCCGGUGCGCUGUCAAACAUGUCCAGGUUUUUCCGACCCGACGUUGAAUCGUCCGACGACGACAAUGAUAACCCAGUCACCCUCUCAGAACCAUCCGGUUCACCUGAUCCGGCGUCAACCCGCCCCCAACACAGUCGCAAAUCCAGCUCGAACAGCCUUUCCUCCUUGUCCUCGGAGUCCCAACCCCCUCUCCUCGAUUGUCCGACCCUACCUGUCCCUGUCAGUCUAAUUCCCACUAUCAGGGGUCGGCGGAGUAGCCGCUCUGCCAGUCCGCCUGAUCCCCUCCCUGCGCUGCUUGUCCAGGACAUUCUCCGGUCAGUUCCAAGUCUGGACAUGGAAAAUGAAGAGGAUCUACACCUUAAGUUUACCUACAAGCGGUACAACUGUGAUGGCAUUGAUAUUUGGCUCCAGGCCAUUGUCCCUGAGACGGGCGACUCGCUCGUCCACGCCAUUGUCCGUUCGGGGCGCAUCGGAGCUUUUGGGGCGUGCCAACUCCAUCCAACCUGCGGAAACGGGACGGCACGGUUUCAAGGCCAACGCGAGAGGCACAUCUUGUUCAUGCAUCAGAACAGGGAGGGUGACAACGGGCUGCAUGUCGCCGCGCGGACAGGGGGGCUGCCUCUGGUAAGGGCAGUGCUGCGUGCCUUUGUGGGCAGGGACACGGAUGACGGGGCGAACACCCCGGGGGAGUUUGACCGACAUGAGCUGCCCGGGGACAAGGAGCGCAUGUUCUCCUGGCAGGCGAAGAGGAUCCUGUUCAUGGAAGCGAGAAACAGGGCGGGAAGAACCGCUGCAGAGGAGGCUCGGCAUCAUGGACACAGGGAGGUGGCUGGCUUUCUGGAGCACGUUCUCGACAGUUCAUACCCUUCCGAUUGCGGCGAUAGAGAGAGCAUGAGACAGCUAGCCAGGUCGAUAUGGGGAUUAUAAACUUUCCCUUCACUUUGUAUAGUUAGUCCUAGUAACUAGAGUUUACUGGUAGGUACGAUUCUUGCGUCCCAUGCUCACGACAAAGACGGAAACACACAUCCCACAGCCUUUAGCUGA